CCCUGCUUUAAAGGUCGUCCGUUCUGACUAGUGGAUGAGAGUGUGCGUGAAAACUCCCAGCGCUCGGGGUCUCCCCGUCGGGCUCUUUAUAAUGGGCCCCCUCUGUCACCCAGUCCUCACUCCAGCCAGCCUCCAGGCAUCCUCUAUCCACGACUCCACAGCCACCAGCCAUCCUCUAUCCACCACUCCAGAAGCCUCCAGCCAUGUCUCGCCUUCUAGUUCUGACCACGCUGGUGAUGAUGCUGGGUGCCAUCACCGUCACUCAAGGGCUGCGCAUGGCCAGUGGUCCAGAGAUGUGCUGCUUCACGUUUAAAAGUCGCCCGCUGCCUCUGAAGCACGUGAUCAGCUACAGCCGCACCAACACGCUGUGUUCCAAACCUGCUGUGGUACUCCAGACAGCAAGACGCCAAGUGUGUGUGCAGACUUCCGACGCCUGGGUGCAGAAGAUCAUCAGCAGCCUGGACAGCAAGAACCCUGGCCAGCAGAUCCCACUGUGAACAUGAGGCAUACAUGACACAAACAUAAACACAGACAUACAAACAGACACAAACAUAAACACACACAUACAAACAGACACAAACAUAA